AUGCAGAACAACGAAAAAACAAAUGAAUGGAUUAAUUGGAUUGAAGAUGCUAUUAAUAAAAAACAUAUUAAAUAUUAUGAAUUUGAAUACUUUAGCAAUAUACAAGAAAUCGGUUCUGGAGCAUUCGGAAAGGUAUUCCGAGCAAAUUGGAAAAAUUUUGAGCAAUAUUUAGCGUUAAAAUCUUUUUUAAAUCUUAACGAUGCUACCUUAAAAGAAACUGUUAAAGAACUUACACUUCAACGAGGUGUAGAUUUUCAUGGUAAUAUUAUACGCUUCUAUGGAAUUACAAAAUUUGGGUCAAGUAUUGAAAAUAUAUUUAAUCCAACAAAAGGAUAUUUACUGGUAAUGGAAUACGCAGACAGUGGUACUCUUCGUGACUAUUUGAAUAAAAACUUUAAUAAACUUACUUGGAAUGAUAAAUAUAAAUUGGCAUAUCAAUUAGCUUGUGCUAUAUCAUGCCUACAUGAUGAAAAAAUUGUUCACCGAGAUUUGCAUUCUUGUAAUGUGUUGGUUCAUCAGAAUUCCAUCAAGUUGGCCGAUUUUGGAUUAUCAAAAUGGAUUGAAGAAGCAUCUAAUUCACAAACAAAAUUAUUUGGUAGGGUUCCCUACAUUGAUCCAAAAGUACUAAUGGAUGACAAUUUAAACCUAAAUGAGAAAAGUGAUAUAUAUAGUAUUGGUGUACUAUUAUGGGAAAUAUCAAGUGGGUAUCCACCAUUUCAUGGGAAGAGUUAUAAUUUUAGCUUAAUGUAUAAAAUUUCGCAAGGUCAAAGAGAAGAGAUUAUUUCUAACACACCUAGUGAUUAUUCUAAUCUUUAUACUGAAUGUUGGAAUGGUGAACCAAACAAACGACCAUCUAUAAAAGAAGUUGUUAGUAGACUAAAAGGAUUUAUUUCAUGUUCAAAUGGUGUAAAUAUUUAUCAACAAAACGAGAAGAAUUUAAAUAUGAUAAUUGAUGAAAUAAUUAAUCGUAUUUUUAAUGGGCUGAACAAAGGAAAUGUAACAAAAGAAUACGUCCUUAUGAUUAUAAAUAUUUAUAAUACAAAUUUAUAUGAAAUUUAUAAUUGGUUAUUAAAUAAUCAAAUCAAUCCGAAUUCCAUUUUUUUUCUGGGAUAUUUUAAUUAUUAUGGAAUUGAAAUAACUGAGGAUGAGGAGAAAGCAUUUAGUUUAUUUAUUGAUGCCUCUGAAAAGGGUCACAUAUUAGCACAAUAUUUUGUUGGAGAAUGCCAUGAAUUUGGAAAUGGAACUACAAUAAAUAAUAAAUUGGCAUUCGAAUAUUAUAAAAAACUAGCCGAUAAAGAUUUUGCAAUUGGGCAAUUUAAACUAGGUUGGUUUUAUAAAAACGGAUUAAGUGUUAGUACAGAUUUUAGCAUGGCUGCAGAUUGGUAUGAAAAAGCUGCAAUUAAUGGACAUUUGAUAGCUAUGUGCAAUCUUGGGAAUUCCUAUAGAAAUGGAGAUGGUGUUGAAGAAAAUCAUCAAAGAGCUUUUGAAUUAUACAAAAAAUCAGCUGAAGGAAUAUACUCAGGUGGAAUAAUGAUGUUAGGAUAUUGUUAUCAUAAUGGAAUUGGCAUUAAUAUUCAUAUACAAAAGGCAGUUGAAUUAUACCGAAAAGCAGCAAGUUUAGAGAAUAAAAUAGCUCAAUAUAAUCUUGCUUUGAUGCAUGAAAAAGGAGAAGGAAUCGGAAAAGAUAUAGACAAAGCAAUUUAUUGGUAUGAACAAUCCGCUAAACAAGGUUAUCAAGAUGCUCAAAAUCGAUUUAAUGUACUUACUAAAAUUAGAAAUAAUUUGUGUCAAUCUUAUGCAUUUUUUAAUAUCCCAGAAAGGGUCGAGUCAGGUCGGGUUUGA